AGCACUUUAUUCUAGGAAAAAAUGGCGGCAGAGAACGAUAAUAAUGGUCUAUUAAGCUUUUUAAGGAAUUUCACGACAAAAAAACCAGAAGAAUCUCCAUUAUUAAGGCGACAAGCGAAGAAAACAAGAAUUAAUUCUUAUAGAUAUGUGUUCGAAGAAUAUGCGAUCAAAGAAAGCGAACAUUUAUGCUCAGAGUAUCUGAGAUCACAAAAUUGUCCUUUCGACCAUAUUUUUGAUCUGGCCAAAGAUAUGAGCAAUGAGUUACAGGAAUUUGUGACGUCUUGUAUGGUUGACAAGGAGUCAGGUGAAAACCAAUCGGAAAGGCUACUGGAUCUAGAUUCUUUAGCAACAAAUAUUCCAAAAAUUGCAGAAAAUGUCGUUCAAGUGUGGCUAUCAAAAGAAAUCUUACCAUCUUCAAAUAUUCCGCAAAAAUUUCCAUUCUCAUUCUGCUUCAAAUCCGUGCGAAACAAGCGAAGGAAUAUGGAAGACAGAUACAUAGUCUUGCCGAAUCUCAAAAAAUGUAAUCAUGCCAAUCAGUUGAUGGAACAGUAUUCUUUGUUUGGUGUCUUCGAUGGUCAUGGAGGAUCUGAGGCGUCCUCAUAUCUAAGCGCACAUUUACCUGAAGAAUUAUUUAGACAAGGACUUAGCGAUUGCAAUGGUCGUGAAGAUGUUGUUCUUAAAAAGGCUUUAUCUUCCUUGGAUUCAAGCUUUUGUCGCUUAUCUUCCAUAGAAAGGAUGCUAUCUGGGAGUACAGCUUGUGUAUGCCUAUUAAGCGACAAGGUUUUAACUCUUGCUUAUGUAGGAGACUCCCAAGCCGUAUUGGUCCGCAAAGGAAACGGAAAAUGUCAAGCUUUAUGCAAACCUCAUACUGCGGACAAUCCUAGUGAAAGAGAUCGUGUACAAUCUUUGGGGGGGACCGUUGAAAUUGUUGACGGAGUUUGGAGAUGUCAGUAUUCUUUGAGUGUCACAAGAUCUGUGGGAGAUUGUAAUUUUAAACCCUACGUCACGGCAGACGCCGACACAAUCCAAUUACAAUUAGAUGGUUCCGAGAAACUAUUAAUUAUAGCUAGUGAUGGUUUGUGGGACCACAUAUCCCCUGAUUCUUUACCUACGCACGUCUACGAUCAUUUAAGCAAACGUUCCAAAUACUCCCUUGCAGAUUAUCUUGUUAAUCUAGCCGAAAAAGAGGGUCAGACGGAUAACAUUACCGUUAUCGUCGUCUUCUUUGAUGAGCAAGGUGAUAAUGUCAGAUCAGUUGCGGAUAACACCGAAGUUACCCAACGAUUGGACGGAUUAAAUAAUAACAGCAACAGUAACAAUAAUAACAACAGUAAAACAUCUUCAAACGAUUGUAGCCAAAGUAAUACGCAUUCGGCUGGUAGCAGUGAACCAUUAUCUGGGUCGACUACAAGUAAGAAUUGUGAAGGACGACUGAGACCAGUCGAUUGCACACCUCCCUUAUCUCUCCUUGUUCUCGGUUCCGGUUCAGCAUCAUCCAAGAAAUCUGAAAGACUAAACAAAGUAGUUCAAGAGCUAACUCCAACUACCCUAAAAGCGGUAGGAGUUCAAAACUCUCCAUCACCCGUUACAAGCUCCACAACAAAAUCCAUUCUAGCCGUUCGCAACAGCUACGCCCCGCCAAUGUCACCCGUUCAUUCGAAAUCGGGAAGAAAGGUUACUCCAACUUCACCUUUGGAUAAAAGUGAUCUAUUUGCCAAGCAUAAUCGAUGGACUGUUGCAACAGAAGUCGAUUGUAGACAUUUAUUUGAACAAUAACUGCCAAAGAAAACCAGCUUUACGCGCUAAUUUUAAAAAUUAUUGUUUGUUUUUUUUUACUUUGAAAAUUUACUGCUUUAUGACUUAGAACGAAGUAUUUCUGAACCAUGCAGAUAUAUAAAUCUUCAUGAAAAUGAAAAUUGUGUUUACUUUAAAAUGAAC